GCGCAUGCGUGCUUUAUACAUCCGGAAGCAUUAGGUUUAUAAACAUAAUCUCAUGUGCGACUGUCUCAAACUGACAUUAAUGGCGUUUUUAAUAAACAUGAGCUUAAAAUGACUGUGAAAACGGAAGUAUAAAUAAUUUUUUCUUGUGAUUUGUAGGAAAAUUCGUCAUCAGACUAUUCUGAGGCUGCAAUAUCAAGUUAAAGUGAGAAGAUGCCAGCUCGAAACACGAUCAACAGUGGAGUCAGAUACUCCAAACUAGCGAGUGAUGAUGACGGAUACAUUGAUCUGCAGUUUAAGAAGAGUCCACCUAAAGUCCCUUAUAAAGCGAUCGCCCUGGCAACCGUUCUCUUCCUCAUCGGCACCAUACUGAUCACCAUCGCAUCCCUCCUGUUAGCAGGAUACUUUGAAGUUAAUGACCACCGUGAUCGCACCAUCCCUGUCCUGAUUAUUGGAAUCCUGGUCUUUCUUCCUGGUUUUUACCACCUGCGCAUCGCCUAUUACGCCUCCAAGGGUUACCGCGGUUAUUCCUACGAUGACAUCCCUGACUUUGAUGACUGAGCGACGGGGACGUACUGUCAGCCUGCUGAUGUGACAGAGAUCUGAACCUCGUUUUCCUGCCGCUGAUGUCUGCCACGUCACAAUGACUUGACAGACUCGUUUUUUUUUUUUUUUUCUCCAUAGACUGAGAAGGUGGUUUGAAUUCAUGAACUAGUAUGUUUCAUGUGAGGAAAAUCAUUUCAUCAAGGAUUUCAUACCAUUUUUUGUUAUUAAAACAGGUCACAGUUCAGUUGUUAUAUCAGUAUGCCGUAGUGAGUUACAGAUCUUUGGAACAAGCAAGAAAACCUACUCAAAACAUGCCACAUGCUGUUUUAUAUUUUACAAAAAAUUGAAGGAUUGCACAAGGGUUGAAAUGUGUCAUUAAGGAUGUGAUAUUUGCUCAUUUUUGAGGGUUGGUCUUAACAUAUUAACUAAGUUAAUGUUACCGUUUUAAACUGUCCUUGAAAUUAAAAGCAAAAGGGUUUCAUUUUUAAUUUAAGUAAUUUAGUGUAUGACAUGAAAAAAGCAUAAUUGCAAACUUUCCAUGUUUAUGUUUGAUGUCAUGCCACUGGAUAUAACUUAUUUUCAUUUAUGUGAUUUUAUUGCCUUUACAGAGAAUGCUUUAUGAUUAAAUCAUUUGCUUUAAACUGAAA